GUUAAAAGCUCGUUUCCGCCCUAGUUGUCAGGAGCAUGGCUUAUGGCUGGCUGCAUAUGGCGUCUCUGCAGGGCGCCCAUGGGGCCUGGAGGGCAGGCAAGGUCAUGCGGGCUAGGGUUCUGCUGCAGAGCAGGCCAUCAAUUCAAUUGAUAGCGGCGCUGGUCAGCCUCCGCAGCGUUCAUGCGAAGUUGGUGACGCCAGUGGAGGGUUCCAGUCGGUUCAUGUGGGUCAGGUAGGGUCAGGGCGCCGCUGUAGUUUGCUAAAGAAGGCAGCACGUUACAGACGGGUCCUUUGUAUCUACUUUGUUGUUGACAGGAGAACACGAAGCGAUCGAAAUGGGGGAUGACUUUGCCAACAUCCUGCAGAGCAACUUUGGGUUGCGGCCUAGUGGGAAGGCAGCGCCCAUGAGCCGGGCUCAGGGUGCGGCGAAGCCAGUCAAUCCAAGCAGCAAUGGCCGAGCAGGGCCUGGCUUAUCAACCUUUGGCACCAGGCCUGCACCAAGUGGCUCUGGAUCAACAAGGGGUGGGACCGGCCCUAAAUUGGAUAUCCCAGAUAACUUUGGGACUGCUCCUGCUCCAAGUACUGCCGGCAUCUUUGAUCCUCCAAGGGAUGUCUUUGCAGAUUUGUCUCAAGCAGCGAGUGCAUCAACUAGUCCAAAUCGGACAGAGGCUACAGAGACCUCGGGGUAUGAUAAAUUGUUCGGGGAUGUAGGAAAGCCGCCUGCCGCGGUUGCUGAGGAUGACAUCUUUGGUGGCCUUGGAGGCGGGGUUCCUAGUGCACAGGGUCCAAGUGAUGAUGUUUUUGGGAUGGGAACACCCAGCAGCAGCACGAAUGCCGGACUCAAAAUGGAUGAUCUGCUCGGCAAUCUUGGAGGCUCGAGGUCGAACCGCGCUGCGAGACCGCAGAAGUCUGCAGCUGCCGGCGAGGAUGACAUUCUAGGAGGUUUGGGCACAGGGCAGCCAUCUGCAAGGCCCUCUGCAAAAGCGAGCACCGCGCCCAAGGUCCCAGAUCUGUACGGUGACUCAGAUCCUCUGGACGAUUUUGCGUCCUCCACCUCGGAUCCGUUCGGAGGGUUUCCAGGGGUUGCAGCUUCCAAUGGUGCCCCUAGUGCUCCGCCGACGUCCGCCUUCGAUGACUGGGGCAUGCCGGCGCCAGUUCCGGCAGCGACUAAGCCCGUCAGCAGCCAAAACCGGUCCGGUGCAAAUGAGGGACGGGCCGCGAAACCUGCGGACACUGCUCCGGCUAAAGCUGCAGAUGUACCGAAAGUGGCUCCAGUCAGUAACGCGGCAAGGUCGGCUAAUAAGACGGAGCCCUCAAGGAAAGAGGAGUCUUCAGCUCAAAGUGUCCCCGUUGCGCCAGUCAGUGCGGGGCCUCAGUUCCUGACUGUUGAUCAGAUUGUCCUGAGAACGAAGCCGACCAAGGCGCCCCCGCCGCUGCGCAUGCCCCCCAGCAAGCCAGGAGAAGAACGGCGGCCCUCGUUUGAGUCCCGCCGCUCGCAGCCCCCACCCCCCUCAUACAAAGAGGCCCAGCAGGCCGCCUCUCAGAGCCGCGCUUCGCCGUUCCCCGCCGCUGACCCCCAGCGCUCUGCGUCCGCCCCUCGGAGCACCUCCACCCCCCCGCCGCAGUCGCAGGGCAGCGGCAGCUUCUUCAGCGGGUUUUCGCGGUCCUCAAACAGCGCGCGGAGCUCGGACGGGGACAAGUCGAACCAGGGGACGCCACGGACGCAGUCAGGAGAGAGCACGCCGACGUUUGAGGAUCCGGACACCAAGGGGGCCGCGAGCGCGGCGUCUGCCUCGGCAGCGGCCAUGGCGGCUGCGCUGGAGCGUGCGCAGGCCCGACACAAGGCUGCCUACGAGCGCAAGCAGCGCGAGGAGCGGGAGCAAGCAAAGUCGAGUGCCAGCUCGGAGCCGCCGGCACGGGAGCGGCGGCCGUCCAACAACGCGCCCCCCCGACCGGCAGCAAAGCCUGCACCUCAGCCGCAAUCGCAGACGGCUGACUUCUUUAGCGCCCCCCCGAGGCGUUCCAGUAAACCCGCAGAGCCUGACCUCAUGCACAGCAGCCAGGAUGCUCCCAAGUCGUACUCGUCCGUCGAGGACUUGUUUGGGACGGGGAGCAGAAGAACUUCGGCAACGGACGACCUUGCUGGCAGCAAGCAGAAGCCAAGCUCGCGUUCCGCAAACGACUUAAGCGGCUUGCAGACUCCCGACUGGGGUUCCGCGUUUGGCGUGGCGGACCCCGAGGCCGACGCCGGCAUCGAGGCCGGGGACAGCGAGGAGCGGCGCAAGGCCAAGAUUGCCAAGGCCGAGCGCCUCAAGGAGCGGGCGGACGCAGCGCUUCGUGCGAAACAGGAGGUCGACGACAAGCAAGCCUCGGAGGCCGACGAACGUCACAAAUGCGACGAGCUUUACGGCGGCUACAUCAAACAGUGGGCCUCAGGAAAGGAGGGCAACUUGCGAGCGCUUCUGUCGACGCUCCAAUUUGUGCUGUGGCCCGAGUGCGAGUGGGCCCCGGUGCAGAUGAGCGACCUCAUCACGGGGAAUUCUGUGAAGAAGGUCUACCAAAAGGCGAUUCUCAGGGUGCACCCGGACAAGGUCCAGCAGAAGGGGGCCACCGUCAAGCAGAAGUAUAUUGCGGGCAAAGUGUUCGAUCUGCUGAAGGAAGCAUACAACAAGUUCAACAGCACCGAGCUCUUCUAGUUUUGUGUGCUGAAGCGAAGGAAGUUGACUGAAUGCUUCAGGCGGUGGAAAAUGCUAAUAAUCUUACGUCUGACAAUCAUUAUGGUACCAACAGGCUCACGCAACAAUACACGCUCGCACUAUGGUGAUCUUUGCCAUCCAAACGUUUGCAUACCCAUCUCCUGAUAAUCACCCACGUUCGUUGUCCUCUUUCAAGUGGCAAGAGCGACUUGUGUUCGCACUCGAUUCUCAGGUCCGUGGAAAGCACGGAAAGGGUUGCAUGCCAAAAGUAAGAGUAAAGGUCACAGCUGCGGACUCCUAAGCUGUUACUUCAAGUUGAAAUUAGAUCAUCAAUCAUCUGUCCGCUCUACACAUGGACGAAGUACAAGGUACGCAGCCUUUUGCAAACAACGCAUCUCACAC